AUGCCUCACUCCUUCGGUUACCGCGCGCGCACGCGCCACAUGUUCAAGCGGGGCUUCAAGGAACAUGGACCCGUCAAGCUCUCUACUUUCCUCAUCAACUACCACGUAGGAGACAUCGUCGACAUCAAGGCCAAUGCCGCACAACAAAAGGGUAUGCCGCACAAGUACUACCAUGGACGAACCGGCAUCGUCUACAACGUCACCCCCUCAUCCGUCGGUGUUAUUGUCCACAAAGUUGUCGGAAACCGUUACAUCGAGAAGCGGGUCAAUCUCCGUGUUGAACAUGUGCGUCACUCCAAGUGCCGUCAGGAGUUCCUGGACCGAGUGCAAGCAAACCACGAUGCCCAUGCUAUCGCGAAGGAAAAGGGCGAGCGCAUUAACCUUCGCCGCGUGCCUGCCCUCCCCCGUGAGGCCCGCACCGUCUCGAGUACAGAUAAUGCUCCUCAAACGAUGGUGCCCGUACCCUAUGAGACAACAAUCUAG